AAUAAUUGCUCAACAAAUAACAGUAAUUCCAAUAGUCAACAAUGGAAAAAGUACAUCGAAGCCGGGGCUGCACGAGACAGAGAACGAGACAAGGAAGGAGCGCCGUCGAGUCCUAGUCCCUCUAGACGAUCACAGGACAAACACAGAAAGCAGGCCAUGGCUGAGUACACCAACGGAGAAAAGCCACAGAAAGUUUCGUCUGGCACGUCGACAAACAGCAGUAGCAAGGUCAGAGGAGUUCCUCAGAGCUUUGGAUACGUUAAAAGACACAGUGCUGGUACCAGUCCAAGUCCGAAUGGAGUCCAGAAUGGCAAAGACGCCACUAGGACUGCUCAAGUCAGUGCUGUGCCACGGACUAAGGUUAAAGUUUCCGGGGGUACCCAGACAUGCACUACUGAAUUGCAAGCGAACUCCGCGGCGAAUCAAGGUCAUCACUACAAAAGCUACAGCCUGACCGGGCCAAGUGCGAGCCAGCUGUCCCAGUCAGUCAGAGACAGACUGAUGCUCGGGUCACAGAGCUUGCCAAAACCUGGAAGUCCAGAAUUCACGGCGCUGUUUGCGUCAGCUCAUCAUCGAGACCGUGGCGGCAGCGCGGGGCCUGUUACCGCGGGAUUUUCCCCGCGGGUUUUAAAACCCUCUGACGGAAGUCUCAGUGACACUUGCAGCAAUUACGCGGCGCCUGAUAUUCAGAGUUACUAUGCGCCAAACAGUCCCUACGCGACUUCUUGGAUGAGACAUAGUAACACUUAUACUCCCAGUGGAAGAUCUCAAGGUAUGGGACUGUGCGAAGCUGAUAGCGUUGAAUCGUUAGGAUCUCAUAGAACCAGUUUGAGCCACGCGCGAUUGCUGAUGCACCAACGAGACUCGAGUGGGUCGCCAGCACCUCCGCGUCUAAAUAGGAGCAAUUCCAUCAGCCAUCUAAGGGACAGGACUUUCCCAAGGUCGACCAAGAGCGAAAAAAUGUACCCGUCAAUGCUCACCCGGGGCAGUGGAGCGUCUUCAUCAGUCGGCGAAGAAGUUGGUAUCGGGAUCGGAGUCGGCGGUGAGCCCUACUAUAGUGUUCCAGUCGGCUCGGCAGGAUGUGCUGGGCAACAUUGGUCGCAACCUACGUCUCCGACACCUACUCACGCCUCCAGACAGCCGCCUAAUCUUUAUCAGCACGUUCAUAAAGAUGAUGACAUUCAUGGUUCCUCAGUUUCGUUGGUAUCAACAGCCAGCAGUUUGUACAGUUCAGCGGAAGAAAAACAAGCUCACGAGUUAAGAAAAUUACGCCGCGAGUUGCUGGACGCGCAAGAAAAAGUUCACUCGCUAACCAGCCAGCUGUCAACUAACGUGAGUUACAUUUCUUCUCUUAAUUUUAAAAAAAUUUAUCUAAAUCUAAAUCUUGCUUUUAAUCUUAUUAAAUCUUAA